AUGAAAAGAUGGGGACGACGAGCAAGUAUGUGGCUUAUGCCUGCAACUCGUACAAGGCGUAGAAUUCCAAGUGACGGCGUCCUCCCUGAAAACCCCAAUUGGAUCACUAUUCACGCAAGUGAUGGCAAUGCAAAACGUUGGCCUACAAAUACUACUAUGAAUCCAGAUUCGGUGGACAAUGUCGACUUUAUGCAGCCGCUUCCAAUAGACGAUGGGUCAUCUAUCAAGUGGCGUCUGGUCAUCGGGAAGAAGCUUGCCAAAAUGCUUAACCGUCCUGACCCUGAAAGUGAUAAAUGGGUUCUUAAGGAUUGGCCCGCUGGCUAUCAAUUUUACAUUCACAAGAAGGGUCACAAAGAUGACCCACGAUGCGAUCCUUAUCUCAUUGGUUCAGAGAUAGUUGGGCGAUUUCGUUCGCCUGCAGAGUUUAUACCUCACGCGUGUUGGCUUAUGACAGACGCGACUCGUAAUAGGUCAAAUUGCGCCUGCAAAUAUUGUACCGGGAAGCCACAACGCGAGAUCAGUAACACAUUCGGCUUAUCACGCAUUGGCAGACUGCCGCGCAACGAUAGUUAUAAUGUGAAAGAUAGGCCCGUGUCUGUUACGAGAGAAGAAAAUGAGCCUCUGCCUCAUCGUCAGCAGCAGGCACCAGAGGCGUUCAACCUGUCAGUAGACCCCACACAGCCUGUAAAUUUAGAACGUGAGAAAGACUUGCGAGCUCAAUUAGGACCAAGCUCUCUGGGUGAACGACGCUGGGCGCGUGAAGGCGAACUGGUUUGGGUUAGACUUGAUUAUCCGAUUCAUGUGGAUGACGUGGAUAGCCACUCCGAAACGAUUUCGUUUUGGCCAGGCAUUAUUGAUGAGAUAAACAUCAAGUCUAACGUCACUCUCACACAAACCCAAGAAACACGGCUGGCAAACGCGUCCGAAGAGAGCCCGGGACCGACUACUCCAAGCAGCUCAGAUGCUUCUUUAGAUUUGGAUCCGUGGACUGUAGUUCAAAAGUUCGUCUACAAGGUCGAGCUUCUUGUUACCUCCGGCUCGGUCAUUUACGGCUCUGAUCGUAUUUUACCGUACCAGUCUUAUGCCCCGGAUAGUAGUCUCGUUGCAGCAGUGCGAAGGAUCAAAUUCAACUUGGAUGAUUCUACUGGCACGCUUGAUAGAAUGACUGUGCCUUCCGAUCCCGAAGGGGAUGGACAGAUGGAACAAGCGGAAAGGGCCUUGUUCAAUCGUUUCCGAUCUUAUAACCCGUUUCCAGAGAACGAGCCUCGACUUGAGCAAGGCGUGGAGCUAAGUCAAUAUAUCUCUACGGCAGCUGGAGCGUUUGCUGUUGCGAUUCAAAUUGCCUCUCGUCUAACAAUGUAUUGGACCCCUUCAGAUGCAUGGGAGGGUAAAAUGCGACGUCCAUCGACGCGAACGAAUGCCUGGAGCCUUGUUCAAGAGACAUCUUCAUUUGCGGAACGAUGUGCACUAAUCCAAAGGGUACUUGGAUUAUUGCAAACUAGCGACGACGGCUACACCGCUCAGACGAGAUUCCAAGGUAUGUGGUGGGGUCCAGAACGUAUUUGGACGGGUGAUAUUGUGCGUUUGAAGCUUGGACGGUACGAAGUGGCACCAGAAGGGACGGACAUGAUUAGGAAGCCGUCUGGUGCAAGAAAAUAUGACCUGCUAGAGGUCAACAUGGAUAGACUCGGAGCACAAUCAGCGGCAGGCAUUUCAGAUGUUGAUAGUGUAAUGCACGACGUGGACACAAUCGUUCCAGAUAUCGUCUCAUUCGAGACUGGUGGUAGCUCAGUGACGAAAAGUGUUGCUGACAUCUGUGCCCAGAACUUAGGGGCUGUCUUGCGCUCACUCUUCUUACGAAUCGUUAGUUUAUUUCUCGUGCAAGUUCCAAGCGACGAUGGGAAGAGCCUGAAAAACGAGUGCAGGAUGAGUGGUAUGCUCUAUGAGCUUGCCGAUGAAGAUUGGGAACCCGAUGGAGCGGAAUUCCGAGAGCCCUUGUCUCAGAAUACGGUCGAGACGGACUCGCAUUCUCCAAUCUCGUCAAAAGCCUCGAUGGUGACGCCACUGAGGGCUGUUACGUCUAACGAGGCAAGACCGAUACUCGCAGAUGUGAUCAACCAAUCGGCCUCUCGUGGACCUCGACCGUCUUCAUCAAGCUUAGAUACACCAAAGCCAGGGUUUCCGACCGAUGUCGUGAUGACGGACCUCUCGCAAAACAGCUCGAGUUCAUCCGCUCUGGUAGGACUGUCCCUGGUCAGAGAACAGGAGGCAAACUGGGAAUCGCCAGUAUCUAACGUGGAAUCAUCAGUUCCUUCUGCUUCUACUUCCACUCCACAGAAGUCUACUGAGCGGCACUGCCCAUUGCCACCUCCUCCGCUUAAGAGGAAAUUCCGACCUAUACUGCGAGAUAGACACGAAGUUGUCAUGCCCCUCACGGAGCUCGCGGGUCGGUACUAUCCCGGCCUGCUCGAGAAUCCACAUCUAUGGCCACGUUUGCAAGGCGCAGUCAAGAAUCCUGAAGCACCCGAAAGUAAAGUUAUUGGCGCUUUGGACGGUUUCUUGCCUGGCGUAUAUAACUCCGUAGAUCCCACACGAUUCUUGGCAGGCCGUGAAAAAAUGCUUGACGAAGCGGAGAAGAUAGCACGGGCGGAGGUAGUCGACUAUUGGAAAUGCCAAACAAAAAUAGCAAAUGCGAUUGUGGCGGACGAUGAUUGAUCGCAUUUCCUGGUCUGCCCCUUUACUGAACGUUAAGUGGUAUUCGUAAACUUCGUAAACGUAUUCAUGUUUUCCGCACCACUUCGUUUUCUCGCAUGUUUUCGAUCGUCCUGUUAUCCGCGUUGCUUUCGUCCUUGCUUUUCCACACUUCCUCAGAAAAUGCCCCGAAGUCAAGCGAAAUACUGUGAUCUGUAACGCUUUGCUGACUGGAACGUAUUCCUACUUCCCGCAUUUUUCGCUUUCCCGCAUGUUUUCAACUGUGUUUGCUAUCCACGUGCUUUCGUAUUUAGUUGUCCUUUCUGCAUUUUCGCUUUACUACUUUUUAUUUUUAAUUUGCUGUGGUGUUCCCCCUUCCGAUCCCUUGGGGAUGCCCUACCAUCAAGUAUAUGAUCCACUUGCAAUGUGUAUAAUCAUUUCCCAAGAAGUUAUUUGUACAUUUAUUUCAGUCCAGACU